UUACACACUCAUGCUAAAUCCGCAAACACUUGAAGAGAAGAAAAUUGAAGUGAUUCAUUCAUCUAUCUGAAAUAAAUGGGUUCUCUAUCCACAAACACUUUCUCCCCCUUAGACCCAAAUGGUUUCACCAAUGAUUCCAAAAUGGUGAUCGAUUUCAUUGCUGAUUAUUACAAGAACAUUGAAAACAACCCGGUUCAAAGCCAAGUGAAACCAGGGUACUUAUUGACCCAAUUGCCAGACACUGCCCCAUAUUGCCAGGAAUCCUUAGAAGAUGUUCUCAAGGAUGUAACUGAUAGCAUUAUCCCAGGGCUCACUCAUUGGCAAAGCCCUAACUUCUUUGCUUACUUCCAAGCAAAUGCAAGCACUGCAGGGUUUGUUGGUGAGAUGCUCUGCACAGGCCUUAAUGUUGUUGGCUUCAACUGGAUUGCAUCUCCUGCUGCUACCGAACUGGAGUCCAUUGUAAUAGAUUGGAUGGGAAAGAUGCUCAAGCUCCCGUCUACUCUUUUGUUCUCAGGAAACGGAGGUGGUGUCUUGCACGGUACCACUUGUGAGGCUAUAGUUUGCACCCUAGUUGCAGCAAGAGACGAGACCUUGAGAAUGAUUGGAGCUGAAAACAUUACGAAGCUGGUAGUUUAUGCCUCUGAUCAAACUCAUUCAACUCUACUUAAGGGCGUCAAAUUAGUUGGAAUUCCAUCCUCUAAUUUUCGAUGCCUCUCUACCUCAUUUGCAUCGGAAUUUUCGUUAUCACCUCAAGCAUUGGAAGAUGCAAUUGAAAAUGAUAUCAAAGCUGGAUUUGUGCCGUUAUUUUUAUGCGCUACUGUAGGCACUACAGCAUGUGGAGCUGUUGAUCCUGUUAUGGAUCUGGGGAGAAUUGCCAGGAAAUAUAAUCUAUGGUUCCACAUUGAUGCAGCUUACGCAGGUAGUGCAUGCAUAUGCCCUGAAUUCAGGCAUUACCUGGAUGGAGUAGAACUUGCAGACUCGUUGAGCAUGAAUCCACAUAAAUGGUUACUCACUAACAUGGAUUGUUGCUGCUUGUGGGUUAAGAAGCCUCGUUUAUUAAUCGAGUCACUGUCCAGUGAUCCAGAAUACUUGAGGAACAAUGCCAGUGAAUCAAAUGACGUAGUGGACUACAAAGAUUGGCAAAUUGCAUUGAGCAGGCGAUUCAGAGCUCUGAAGCUUUGGAUUGUGAUUCGUAGGCAUGGAUUAGCAAACCUUAUGCACCAUAUUCGUAGCGAUGUGAACUUGGCUAAGCGGUUUGAGUCACUGGUGGCUAAAGACAGUAGGUUUGAGGUGGUGGUGCGAAGGAGGUUUUCUUUGGUUUGUUUUAGGCUCAAGCACCACGAUGAAAGCCAAGGCUUGGAAUUGAACCGUAAGCUUCUAGCUGCAGUGAAUGAAAGUGGUCGUGCAUUCAUGACUCACGCUGUGGUUGGUGGCUUGUUUAUCAUACGCUGUGCGAUCGGAUCAACCUUGACUGAAGAACGACAUGUAGAUGAUUUGUGGAAGUUGAUUCAAGAAAAGGCAGCAGAUCUUGUCAAAGAAACAGGUGCUAUUGGAGAAUGAAUGACCGUGGUUUGAUCUCAGCAAGAAGUUAAUGUUUUAGUUUCGUAAUUGCUAUUGAAAGCAAAAUUUAAACUGCUAAGUUUAAAUAACAAAUUAAGUCUACUUAAGG